AUGGCCAAGACACUGAUGGACAUCGGCACCAGACGGAUCUUCUCAGAGGAGCAUGACCUGUUCCGUCAAAAUGUGCGGCGGUUCUUUCAGGAGGAAGUUGUUCCACAUCACGCUCAAAUGUACUGUAACUGCAGUGGUCCUGGGUUCUCGCUCCACUCUGAGGUUGUAAUGCCUUAUAUCAGUCACUAUGGCUCUAAGGCUCAGAUCGAGCACUAUAUUCCACAGAUGACUGCUGGGAAAUGCAUCGGGGCCAUCGCUAUGACCGAACCUGGAGCCGGCAGUGACCUUCAAGGAGUGAAGACAUUUGCAAAAAAAUAUGGCACUGACUGGAUUAUUAAUGGAAGCAAGGUGUUCAUCAGUAAUGGCUGGAUGAGUGAUAUGGUGAUUGUAGUUGCUGUGACUAACCGUGAAGCAAAGACAGCAGCUCAUGGAAUCAGUCUGUUUCUGGUUGACAGCGGCACUAAGGGCUUCCAAAAAGGCCGCAAACUGGAGAAGCUCGGACUCAAAGCUCAGGAUACAGCUGAACUGUUUUUUGAGGAUGUGCGUUUGCCCGCUGAAGCUUUGUUGGGUCAGGUCAAUAAAGGAUUUUAUUAUAUGAUGAACGAGCUGCCACAGGAGCGCCUUUAUGUAGGAGUCAUGGCUCUUGCCAGCAGCGAGUUCAUGUUUGAAGAGACAAGGAACUUUGUGAUGCAGCGGAAGGCAUUCGGCAGGACCAUAGCUGACCUGCAGGUGGUGCAGCACAAACUGGCUGAGUUGAAAACAGACAUAUGUGUAGGUCGAGCUUUUAUUGACAGCUGCCUUCAGCUCCACAGUGAGAAGAAUCUGGACUCAGGCACAGCGUCCAUGGCUAAAUACUGGUGAGACUCUUGAUGAGUAAACCUGACGAACACUAGUGAUGGGUGCUUUCGAAACACUGCUACAUGAAGCU